CGCGCGUGAGGGGAAUACCACACCGGCCGUUAUUUAAACACACACCUUUUAAUCACUGACUACACUCUCGAAGCUCACUGUGUUCUUUAAAACACGUUUAUGUUGUAGUCAGCCUCUGAGGUUAUUGGUUCCGUGCGGGGGAACCGUUACGCUUCCACGCAGAUCAGUUUGCCCGCGAGCCCACUCGCGAAGCCUUUUGGUGUGGCUUUUCUCUCAUAGACUACUGAACACGAGCGAGAAGUUAUAGAAAUACACUAAAUAAUGAGCUCUGUCAUUUUUGCUGACCUGGUGUAAGGAUUUUGGUUGACUUUUUUUCCCAGAACAUUGAAUACUUAAGCUCCUGUCAAGGUGGUUCGCCGAAGGUCUGAAAAAAAUGCGCCGACAAACGCGCCUUCUCUGUGAGGAAAUCUUCGUGGAUAACAUUCACAAGAUAUCGGUCAGUUUCACAGAUGGCACAUUUCAACCACGGCGAGUCUUCUUCACUGACACCUCGUGACACGCAAGGGGCUGAAGCCAGGAAUGAUGGGAGCUGUAGUCUGGUUGAUGGUCUUAUGGGCUUUGCUGGGUUGGUCGCAGGCUGCAGAGAAGCCUCCGUCCCUGAGUGUAGCUGUGAUAUUGGGCCAGACCCCCACCGUAUCCGAAUCAGCCCUGCGUCCGGCUCGUGGGAUAGGUGCGCCUUUGGAUGUGACUGUUCUCAGCAUCCAGGUGAACCAGACGGACCCAGGAAGCAUGCUUACACACCUGUGUGAGCUCAUGUCCCGACAGAGACUGCACGGGCUGGUCUAUGGAGACGGCACGGACCAGGAAGCUGUGGCACAGAUGCUGGACUUUGUUUCCUCUCAGACUUCCAUGCCCAUACUGGGAAUCCAUGGUGGCUCUGCCAUGACAAUGGCCGAAAAGGAUUCCAGUUCUUCGUUUUUCCAGUUUGGGGCCUCCCUCCAGCAGGAGGCGCUGUUGAUGCUUGCUAUAAUGGAGGAGUAUGACUGGCACGUCUUCUCGGUGGUCACCACCAAGUUUCCAGGUUUCCAGGAGUUCAUAGCCACCGUUCGCGUCACGGUGGACCACAGCUUCAUUCGUUGGGACCUUCAGAGCGUAGUGACGCUGGACGGCGUUGGCGAACCUGAGGACCGUGCCCAUGUCCAGCUCAAACGCAUCCAGUCACCCGUCAUCCUCCUCUACUGCUCCAAAGACGAAGCAGCGUUGGUUAUGGAGGAAGCCCGUUCACUAGGGCUCACCGGGGCUGGCUUUGUGUGGAUUGUUCCUAGUCUGACGACAGGAAAUCUUGAACAAACCCCGGAAGCCUUUCCGAUGGGGAUGAUAUCUGUGGCAUACGAUGCAUGGGAUUAUCCCCUGGAGACACGUGUGCAGGACGCUGUGGGAAUUAUCAGUUCUGCAGCCGCUGCCAUGUUCAGAGAGGAAGGUCGGAUACCUGACGGAACGGCUAGCUGCUACGACCAAUCAGAGAAGCCGGAGGUGCCGCCAAGUGCUCUGCGCAGAUAUAUGAUGGGAGUCAAUCUAGGGGGCAGAGAUCAUUCGUUCAUGGACGAUGGCUACCAAGUCAAUCCCAAACUUGUUGUCAUUGUUCUGAACACGCAGAGGGAAUGGGAGAAGAUGGGGCGAUGGGAAAACCACACGUUGCAGUUGAAGUUUCCAGUUUGGCCACGUUAUAACUCAUUCGGGGACAUGGACGCUGAUGAGAACCACUUGAGCAUUGUGACUCUAGAGGAAAGACCCUUUGUUAUAGUGGAUGAUGUGGACAUUCUUACUGGCACAUGCACGCGCAACUCUGUACCUUGCCGGAAACACAUUAAAGAUAAUAUCACAGAGGGCACCUAUAUCAAGAAGUGCUGCAAGGGCUUUUGUAUAGACAUCCUGAAGAAGAUUGCCAGAAAUGUAAAGUUCACCUAUGAUCUUUACCUGGUCACAAAUGGCAAACAUGGAAAGAAGAUCAAUAAUGUGUGGAACGGCAUGGUGGGGGAGGUUAGUCACUUUAAAUAACCUAAUGAGUGAAUCAUCAGUUUUAAUUUCAGUCACAUGGAUGUCAGUUUUCCCUGUCUGUCUGGCUGUCUAUCUACGUAUCUUUCUGUCUCUCUAUCAAUCUACCAAUCUUUCGUACUAUCGGUCUGGUCUGUCUGUCUUGUCAUGUUACUCAUCGUCACAGCAAUCGCUGUUUUCCUCUUUGAAUUCAUCAGUCCACUCGGUUUCAAUAGAAACCUAGCACAGGGCAAAGACCCUCAUGGACCCUCCUUCACCAUUGGAAAGGCUAUCUGGCUGCUGUGGGGUCUGGUGUUCAACAACUCUGUCCCAGUACAGAACCCCAGGGGCACUACCAGUAAAUUUAUUGUGUCCGUUUGGGCCUUUUUCGCUGUGAUCUUCCUGGCCAGCUACACUGCCAACUUGGCUGCCUUUAUGAUCCAAGAGGAGUUUGUGGAUCAAGUCACAGGGCUCAGUGACAGAAAGUUUCAGAGCCCCUAUUCCUAUUCACCACCGUUUCGCUUCGGGACCGUGCCUAAUGGGAGCACAGAGCGAAACAUCAGGAAAAACUACCCAGACAUGCACCAAUACAUGGUGAAAUACCAUCAGACUGGAGUUCAGGAUGCACUGGUCAGCCUCAAGACAGGUAAACUGGAUGCUUUCAUAUAUGACGCUGCUGUGCUCAACUAUAUGGCGGGGCGUGAUGAUGGCUGUAAGCUAGUAACUAUUGGCAGUGGCUACAUCUUUGCCACAACAGGAUAUGGCAUUGCCCUGCAGAAAGGAUCCUGCUGGAAACGUCUGGUUGACCUUGCUAUCCUCGGGAUCAUUGGAGAUGGUGAGAUGGAAGAGCUGGAGGCCCAGUGGCUGACUGGUAUCUGUCAUAAUGAGAAGAAUGAAGUGAUGAGCAGUCAGCUGGAUGUGGAUAAUAUGGCUGGUGUGUUCUAUAUGCUCGCGGCUGCCAUGGCUCUGUCGCUAAUUACUUUUGUCUGGGAGCACCUCUUCUACUGGAGGCUACGUUACUGUUUCAAUGGUCUCUGUUCUGGUCGGCCAGGAAUUCUCUUCACUAUCAGCAGGGGGAUUUGGAGCUGUAUUCACGGUGUCCAUAUUGAGAUGAAGAAAACCCCAGAGUUGGGCUUCAGUCCUCAGGCCAACAUGUUGCACCUUCUGAAAUCGGCUAAAGAGAUCACCACCCUUGGAGUUACCUCACCCAAACGGCCCGUGAGUAGCAAUCUCCGUCCUACCACGGGCUUUCUGGAAUUUAUGGACGGAGCAAAAGGCAACAACCUUGCCCAGAAAAACGUACCAUACAGCAAUGCCAGCACCAUGCUCAGCAACCGUCACAAAGAGCCCCUUAACAGCACUCUGUUGCCAGGGCAACAUGCCUUGAGCUUGACGGAUGCUCAGCCAGGUGUUGCUGGAAAUGGUGGCUCAGUAGGCGGAGGUGAGACCGCUCGACCUCCAGCCUCUAAGCCACGUGCUCUGUGGAAGAAGUCUGUGGAGACUCUACGGCAGAACCAAGAACCUGGGGAUAAUUCCCCACCGUCUGUCCCGCAGCCUACCGAGACCCUACCUAUGAAGAGCCAGCGCUACUUGCCUGAAGAUGCACCCGCCCGCUCAGAUAUGUCAGAUUGCUCCGGUCGGGUGGACUUGCAAAAGCAGCACAAGUUAAAAGAAACACUUCGGAAACGGAACCGCCUACCGCGGGAUCUGUGCGACGUGGAGCUUUCAACUCUCCGAAGCCAGCCCAGUCAGCAGAGUAACCACAGUGCUCAGAUCUAUUCUCAGAGUAGCCAGGGAAGUCAGAUUUAUACAAUUGAUUCCAUUGAUCAGGAGCAUGGGCUGCACUACCCGGAUAUCUUCAGUGAUCACCGUGACAACAAGCACCGGCCAUCCUCUUCCUCCGAGCAGCAGCCAAUCCUGCAGCUCAACAGCAGUCUGCUGUCCCAGGCCCAUGAACCAGAAGUGAUGCAAACCGCCAUUGCAAAGGAUAAGAAAUACAACACAUACGGAAAGCCUGGUGGGGCAGGGAGCAUCACCGGCGGGCCUGGUUCUACUCAGGAUCCACGACAGACACACUGCCGUAGCUGCCUGUCAAAAGUGUCCAGUUACUCUGGGCUUUACACUGUACGGUCUCCUCAGUAUCGCUGCGAUGCCUGUCUGCACUCUGGAAACCUGUAUGACAUCAGCGAAGAUCAAUUCCUCUAUCCAGAUGGACGGGGCACUGGCGGUGGAAGUGUUGACAGGGCCUUCUCUCCUUUUCUCCCUCAGCCUGAUGCUUCCUUCACAGCCUAUCUUCCCCAGAGUGACCAAGAAGGCGAUGGUCUUAUUAGUCACUACCAGAAUGAGGGUGUAAUCAUCCGCCAGCACUCAUAUGAGAAUCUGCCCCAGAAGAGUUCCUCACGGCGGGUCAGUCUGCAGGACAACACGCCAUACGCUAAUGUUCCCUCGGCGACUCUGAUCCCGGACAAGCCCCCAAAAAAUCAGUCGGUUCACCUAAACCACACGCUCGCGGGGGUGGGUGUCAGCGGACUCGGGAUUGGUCGUCGCAGCAAGUCAAUGUAUCCGGCACGUCCAACUGAAAACCCAUUUCUCCAGACGCUUCGUGACGACCAGCGUCUAGCUCACGGCCGCAGCUCCACAGACAUUUAUAAGCAGCUUGUGCCGCUCACAUUAGGCCAGGCUGAUGGCAAUGUGCUCGGCAUGGGGAUUCCGACCCCUGAACUCUAUUAUUCUGAGCAUGUCAUGCCUUAUGUAGCCCCUCCCCCUGUCGCCACAUACACCACUCCCAGAGCAAUGAGCGCUGGGGGAGCUCGGCGUGUCUACAAGAGGAUGCCAAGCAUUGAAUCUGAUGUCUGAUAGAGAGUGCAACGAGGUCUGGAAGACUAUAAAAAGACAUGCAUGGAUAUUUCCACCAGGAUAUGGCUUAAUCGUGGAACUCUUGGCUGGGUUGUAAAGCUUUUUGACUAUAAGGCAAGCAAGUCUGGAAUAUAUUUUGUUUCCCUUCUUGGACUUAUCUGUCUGAACAGAAGUCAGAGUUCAACUUUACAUCAGGUCCUCCCCUCUAGUCGAGCGGCAGCUCUGUGUCUUCCAGAAAACAUCAAAAAUUGUGGGCAGGACGCUCUUGCGCCUUUGAACGAAGGAAGAGCAGCAAAAGCUGCUUGGAAGUACAGGGGCAGCUCCAAAGAGUUUCCUUUUUCACGCAACACAAGCAACCAAAAAAAUUGAAUAUAUAUAAACAUACGUGAAUAUCCACAUUCUGCACUUUUACACACAAAAAUACACAUGCACAUGCAAGAGGCACAAACAAAACAUGAUCUCAAACUACUGAAAGGACGACGUUAGGUAUAAAAUAGAAUCUCUUGACCAAAACAAAAGGAAUACCACAUACAAAGUAAUAGCAUAAAUGACAGGCGUGUACUUGCACACAAUCACAUGCUCUGAAAUAAAGAAAUUGUUUAGCAGAUCCAAACCUGAUUGAGUUUUUGGAAAGGCAGCAGAACAUCUGUUACACUGUUUGAACGGCUUAUAAAUGCAUGUACGAAUGCAUUUCGAUGUAAAAGCUGCACUGAGGCACGGUCCUCAAAGACUGUUCAGAGUUCAAAGAUUAAAUUUCCAUUCCAGCCUGAACUGUGACAAAAUGCACUACCUGUAUGAUUAGUCUCGGGUGCAAUCUCUGAAAUCAAGUAUGUUGGGGAAUUUCAGAGAAGGUAAACUCGGUGCUCACAAGACCUGCGACUCGUUCGUGUCUCUGACGACACCAAGUGGAAAAAGUCUUUGACCCUCCCCACCCUUGAAUCUGUCCGUACCUUGCCUGCAUGCAGAGUGCAAAUGCAGGAAGAUAAUUCUCUGCUCACAGCACAACAGUGUAGUAAGUGUCAAUGUUCAUUCAUCUAAAUUUUCAUUCAUCUAAAUUCUUGAGUAUAUUUCUAUAGUUGUCUAGAAUAUUGAAAAAAAGUGAUAGUCAAUUUAUACAGUUUUAUACACUGCCAAAUAUUUGGAAAAGGUGUGCAAAGUAUAUUUAUUGUGUUAUAGAAAAGAAGACAGCAGGAAAAGAAAUGAAGGGAAGUGACAGAAAAAUAGAUAUACUGUCUUUUUUGUGGUCGUAAGGGACUCAGAGGAGGCAUAGAAAAGGUAAAAGCCCACACCAACUAAUGAUGUCAAUACAGAACCACCGAGAUAUAAUAAAUUCCUUAUUGCCUCGAACACACAAACACAUCACUUCCUGUAGAAUCCAACCACACACUCAUACUUCACAAAAAUGUUUGGUUGUUUUGAAUAUAAUGGUCGUUCCAGCGAUAUGCACAAUAUCAGGUUGCAAUAUUAUAUUUAUGUAUGAAAUUUCCUAGUUUUAAUAUGUUUUAUUAUUAGUUCCUUUCAUUUUA